CAUUCCACCCGUGGCCGGUAUUUGCACACCAUUGAAAAAUUUUCUAAUUUGCCAAUAUUAUUGCAGUAUAUUAAAAAUUUGCGAUAAAAUUUGAAAAUCUUAUCCAAUAAUUGUAAAUAGGCCAUUAUUCGUGUGUGUGCCAUUAUAUUUCAAAGAUCUUAUAAUAUCUAUAAUUGAAAUCAAAGUAAUACUUGGCAAGAGCAGCCAGUGCGAAAAAUCAAUUGAAAGUUGAUAACUUGCUUUGCUUUUGGAAUUGUGUAAAAUUUUCGAUAUGUCUGCAACUGGUGAUUGUUUUAUCAUACAAUCUCCAAAUACAGCUGAAAAUACUAUAAUCUUCGGUCGAAAUGCUUUAGAUGCCGAUGCAUUAACAGAAGCACAAGAGGUUCAAUAUUACAACGCCAAUUUCGCACUUGAGGGGAAGCCCGAUGGUGGUGCAGAUGUGGUUAAAGCGAAUGGUGAAAUAUUACGUAUGAUAUUGCAAAAGACUCAAACCGGCAUUUGGGGUGGUGACGUGGGUGCUAACGACCAUAAUGUUUGCAUUGCUGUUUCCUGGUCAGCGGAGGAGCCAGCUAACGAUAGUGAUACCCUUAGAUCAACUGAUAUUGUACGUUUGACUUUGGCUAUCGCUAAAACCGCUGUUGACGCAGUGGAACGCAUUGGUAAUUUAGUAGCUAACCAUGGGUCCGACAAUGCAAAAUUCAGUUUUGUGGUCUGUGAUACUAAAGAAGUAUGGUUAGUGAGCAGCGGUGCAAAGUUAUGGGCUGCACAUCAGGUUGCUGAUGGAUUCCUCCGUUUAACAAAUAAAGGACUCAGCGUUAAAACUGCGAUUGAUAAAUCAACUGACGAUUUAGGUGAUGCUCUCAAAUCGCUGGGGCUCUGGGAUGGCGAAGGUGAUUUAAAUUUUGCCAGCUGUUUUGAUGCAGCUGAAACCGCGGAAGCUGAAUGGAGUGGUGAAGAACCUAAAGGAGACGGUAGCUACACUUUGACUAGCAUGUUUGAUACACUACGUUCGGCGGCCGAUAGCGCAACGUCACGUUCAGCCAGUGUCUCUGUGCUUACAAAUGGAAUUUCAUGUCAUUGGUUUACGGCGACACCUAAUGCAAGUGAAUCAGUCUUUAAACCAUUCGUCUUUGCACCUAAUCCCAAAAUUUCACCACUCACCAAAGUGCCACCUGAUAACACACACACACUCUUGCAUAAGCUUCAUGCUCAACGCAAACCGAAUGCUGUAGAAGAUUUGAAAGCUCUGGAGGCUGCUUGUGUUGACGAAUUAAACGCGUAUUUAGCGGAACAUCCAACUGCUGACGAGGAGUUGGAUGAACUAAUGAAAGACUGUGUGGAAGCUGAGGUGAAGUUCUAUCGUUAAGCGGUAGAACUUAGGAUUUCUCGGAGAGCAAGAAGAGCAAACAUAAACGUUCAUAGUAUUUCGUAAAAUAUAAGCUGAAGACAUUUACUAGCCUUUUGGAAUAACGGGUUUUCUGUUUUAACGAAUAUGCAUUUCUUAAGUGAUAUUUUUUUUGUAAUUUUUAUACGAAUUUAAUUUAUUUGUUUUUUACGAUAUUUUUUUUGUUCGUCAUUCAUAAUUUUAAGCUGAAAUUUGUGAUCUUUCAAUGACUAUUUUAUUAAACACUUAUAUAUAGGUACAUUAUUCAUGUAAUAAGAUAAAUAUUAACGAUUUCUUUGACUAUUGUUUUAAGAUUAAAUCUCUUAAGAACAAUACUGUAAAAGCCGCGACUUCUUAUGUUAAAAUUAUAGUUUUAUUGCAUAUAAUUUGAAUAGCUUUUAGUUUUGUGAUUAUAUGCAAAACACAAAAAAUGCUUGCAUACAUUCAUUUUAUAAGUAUUAUUCCACUUUAUUCAUAUAAAUGUGUAUUUAUAAGAACAAUGAGGCACUUAACACUCUGCACGAUAAGCUUGCUACGAAACUUUUUGACGAAGUAUAGCGAGAGUAUAUAAAAAUUGUAAUGCAUGCUAUGAUUAAGCUCAAUUAUCAUUGAAGGGACAAUUUUGUGUAACAGUAAAUAUAACAUUUAUAGAAACGCGAUAUUUAAAUUCCAUACCCAUUUACAUACAUACAUAUAUUUACACGCAUACACAUAUAAACACAUAAUUGCAUGGAUACGAUUAUGAAUAAAAAAACUUUAUACACAUAAAUCGAUAAAACAAUGAAGCUCAUACAAAUAUUUAGA